CCCAGCUCUCUUCACUCAGUUAAAACAAUGUCCUCCAGGGAAAGAUCCUCAAAGGACAUUUGAUCUCACAAGCUUUGGAAUUCUUUUAAGGGACCUAACCCGGAAACCGCUCGGCAGCACCCUAACUCUGAGCCUAUGCUCCUUGGAAUCGCUAGGAGAUGAGCACCUCUCUUAAUUACAAGUCUUUUUCCAAAGAGCAGCAAACUAUGGAUAACUUGGAGAAGCAGCUUAUUUGUCCCAUAUGUUUAGAGAUGUUUACUAAGCCAGUGGUUAUCCUCCCCUGUCAGCACAACCUCUGCAGAAAAUGUGCCAACGAUAUCUUCCAGGUAGAUCUAUUAAACUUUUUAAAAUUCCAAUAAAUGUUUAUAAUACUUUCAUGUUAAAAGGGGAGGGGUAUCAUUUAAUAAACAGGAUUCUCUUUAAAAGCAAAAAGAGAGAGAGACUUAAUUAGGCACAUGGGUUCUUUGUUAUUUAUCUUAUGUGUGAUUUCGAAUCUGUUACAUUUGUAAAUGUCCCUUUUAUUUAUAUAGGCUGAAAUGUUAUUUCAAGUAUUUAGAGAUAUUAACACACAUACCCAUUCCUGUUGUUCCACAACACCUCUAAAAAUGGCAAAUUUCUCUCUAGCAUAAGUUGUCAUUAUAUUAUUAGCUUCCAGGCUUGAGCAACAAUAUAUUUGCAGCUAUUUCUCUUUCUGUGUACUUUUUGGGCAGUAUUUUUCCUGGUAGUUUGGCUUUGAUGACCUGAUCCAGGUCCCCUGGAGUCAUCAGAGUCACGGCAUCCAGGUAUUAGAUCAUAUCUUAAGCAGAUAGUGUGAGAUGGACCUUGUGAUGUGGAAGUGAGAGCAGUUGUCAGAAAUAACUGUGAAAUAAUGCAUGCUUAGCUUUACAACUUUGUUUAUUGUUUGGCAAGAACAGGCCUCGAACCCUUACCUGCCAACCAGAGGAGGCACAACUGUGGCAUCAGGAGGUCGAUUCCGCUGUCCAUCUUGUAGACAUGAAGUAGUUCUGGACAGGCAUGGAGUGUAUGGUCUUCAAAGGAACCUGUUGGUGGAAAAUAUAAUUGAUAUUUACAAGCAGGAAUCUACCAGGUAAUAGACCGAUUUUUGUCCUUGAAGGAUUGAUUAUGGAUGCAGGUUCCUGACUUGGUUGUGUUUGCCACAGAAACACAUGGAUUGGAUUCCCCAAGCCCCAAAUCGAGACUUCUGUCAUAAAACUGAGCUAUUGCUGCCCAUUCCCUGUUAGAACCUCUUUCCCCUACCCCAUUCUUAUUUUAAUUCCUCAAGUCAACCUGGAGCUUUUAUCUCUAGCUAGCUAGAGAAAGCAAUAGCAACGAGCAGUGCUUUUUUUCAGGGGGUACUCAAAGGUAUGCAGUACGGCACUUCUUUUUUUGUUGUUGUUAAAAAGUGUGGCACUUACUGUAACAACUUCAUGGUAAAAAGGUUAAGGGACCCCUGACUGUUAGGUCCAGGCGCGGACGACUCUGGGGUUGUGGUGCUCAUCUCACUUUAUUGGCCGAGGGAGCCGGCGUACAGCCUCCGGGUCAUGUGGCCAGCAUGACUAAGCUGCUUCUGGCAAACCAGAGCAGCGCACAGAAACGCCGUUUACCUUCCCGCUGGAGCAGUACCUAUUUAUCUACUUGCACUGUGUGCUUUUGAACUGCUAGGUUGGCAGGAGCAAGGACUGAGCAACGGGAGCUCACCCUGUCUGGGGAUUCGAACCGUUGAUCUUCUGAUCGGCAAGCCCUAGGUUCUGUGGUUUAGACCACAGCACCACCUGCGUUUAGAAAAAAAGCACUGGCAAUGAGCACCAUCAGCAUCUGCUAAAGGUAGUGAGGCCCCCACAUCUCUGGUGGUUGCUCAGUUGCUGAUACUGGUUAGGAUUUGCUUUGUAUAAGAAGAAAGGUUUGCUCUCUUUACCCUUUGAUUGGGAGCUUCAUUUUACAGUAUUGGAUGCCACACAAGCUUCUAUUCUUAUUGAAUAAUGCUGGCAGCUCUAAUCUGUUGCUUUAUGGGAUUUCUUGGCAUAAAGCAAUAUGUAGAAAGGUAUUUACUCCUUGCAUCUGAGAAACGAGCCUACAAAUAAUUCAUCAUGUCAGCAGUCUUUGCUCAUGUACACACUCAAGAAAGUCCGUCGGUCUGUAGCCACAGAACCAAACGAUGAUGCAUGCUAUGGAUCACCCACCAAAUGGAUCACCCACAAAAUUCCUGCGUCCAUUUCAGUUUCUUCCAUAUAUCCACCAUACGUUACAACAUUCCAGCACUUUUAAAAAUAAAACAUCAAAAUCUACUGCAACGAAUUGCUGAAUAAAAUCCUUAAAUAUUUUCCCCGGUAAUGUGUGUUUUUCCACAUGACUACUUAGUUGCCAGAGUCCUUCUGUAGACUGGCCCAGAGAGCAGCUCAGCUUCUUCUCCUCUCUAGGUGAAAAAGAGGUGAAAUGCGCUUUUAUACAGAAGGCAUUUGAACAAGUGCCGCUUGCUUGACAAGCUAUACUUGCUGAUUUUGCUCUUCUACUUAUGCAGCUGAAAGUGCAGAAGCUCUGCCCUCCUCCCCCCCCCCCCCUUAGAUGCAGGGGAGAAGAGCUUAACAAAUCCUCUCUGGGUCAGUCUACAGGAGCUCUGAAAGGACUUGGGCAAUCAAGUAGUCAUCAUAGUGGCAUGCAUAAAUGCACCCAUAGCUGGAGGAAAUGGGUUUUUUAUUUAUUUAGCUUUUUUAUAUAAAAAAAGACCAUUCAACAUGAAAAGAGCAAAGCUGAGUAGAGAAAUAGAAAAGAAAAACACAUCAUAUAAAAGCAAUGUAAUAUCAUUAUCAUCAAAACAAAUAUAAAACAAGAUCCAUGUGAUCUCAUUGCUUCCCACACAGCCAUACUAACACUAACCUGGGAGUGCCUGUUUGAAGAGAGUUUUUUUCAGCAUAUGCAGAAAGACCAAAAUCUGGCUUCAAAUCACUGCCCAUACAUGCACUGAAACCAACAGUUUUCUGUUGAUGAUUUACUGCAAGGACACACUCAAAUCACUUAAAGCACUUGUCCACCUGCUUCCAGAGCAUCUUUCUCUAAGCUCUAGAUCAUGGGUAGGCAACUAAGGCCCGGGGCUUGGAUCUGGCCCAAUUGCCUUCUAAAUCCGGCCCGUGGACGGUCCGGAAAUCAGUGUGUUUUUAAAUCAGUAGAAUGUGUCCUUUUAUUUAAAAUGCAUCUCUGGGUUAUUUGUAGGGCCUGCUUGGUGUUUUUACAUGAGUAGAAUGUGUGCUUUAAUUUAAAAUGCAUCUUUGGGUUAUUUGUGGGGCAUAGGAAUUCGUUUUUCUUCUUCUUUUUCUCAAAAUAUGGUCCAGCCCCCCACAAGGUCUGAGGGACAGUGGACUGGCUCCCUGCUGAAAAAGUUUGCUGACCCCUGCUCUAGAUGCUGGCCUUGCCAAAUCCUAUUGCGCUCGCUCUCUCUCUCUCUCUCUCUCUCUCUCUCUCUCUCUCGCUCUCUUCAUAAUUUCUUUCAUUGACAUAUUAUGUGCGUAUUAUGCCAAUACCAAAACGAUGUCAAACCAAACCUAGCAGCACAAUUUUAUACAUGUCUACUUGGAAGUAAAGGGACGCGGGUGGCGCUGUGGGUAAAACCUCAGCGCCUAGGACUUGCCGAUCGCAUGGUCGGCGGUUCGAAUCCCCGCGGCGGGGUGCGCUCCCGUCUUUCGGUCCCGGCGCCUGCCAACCUAGCAGUUCAAAAGCACCUCCGGGUGCAAGUAGAUAAAUAGGGACCGCUUACCAGCGGGAAGGUAAACGGCGUUCCGUGUGCUGCGCUGGCUUGCCAGAUGCAGCUUGUCACGCUGGACAAGUGACCCGGAAGUGUCUGCGGACAGCGCUGGCUCCCGGCCUAUAGAGUGAGAUGAGCGCACAACCCUAGAGUCUGGCAAGACUGGCCCGAACGGGCAGGGGUACCUUUACCUUUUACUUGGAAGUAAGCUAGUCCCUGCUCACUGUGCACAGGACUGUAGCUUUAAUGACGCGGAUAUUUUCUGGCUGCCUCUUCAUGGAGCAUUGCAGAAUAAGGGAUGCUGUUUUGAAGAAUAGAGAGCAUCUCUUCAGCGACGUUUCUCUGGCUCUGUAGCACUGUAAUUGAAAUCUGAAUAGGUUCCCAGAUAUUAUUGUGCAAAAGUCUUCCCUUGGGAAAAGGCUGUAUGCCAGAAACUGAAGAGCUAUGUUAUUUCAUAUAAUUGAGCCCAUUCCUUCUAGGAUGGCAAGACGAGAGAGAGAGAGAGAGAGAGAGAGAGAGAGAGAGCAAGAGAGUGAGACAGAGAGAGAUGGAGAGAGAACAGGUCUCUUGAACCUUUAACAGUUGUGUAGAAAAGGAAAUUUCCAUCUUCUACACAACUAUUAAAAGUGCAGGAAGGAACUUUUUCUUUCCCCCCUUCGUUUGGUCUUCCUGGUUCCUUCUCCAUCUUGACAGCUGGGCUAUUAUAAUCUAAGAGAGUCCAUAAGUUCAAUAGUGUUCAACACUGAUGCUUGGCUUGGAAGUCAAUUUGGAACAGAGAAGCCAUGGAAAGGGUUAAGCACCUAUCGGCUCCCUCUGCCCUUUCUCUGCUCUGCAUCUCCCCCUCCCCCUUGCAACACACCCUGCUAUUUUGCUUGGUAAUUUAGAACAAUUAUCAAGUUUAUGUGUAGAACUCUUAAAUUGCCCCCUUAAAUUUUUCAUACCUAAUUUGAUUACAGUACAUAUAUGGAGCCUAUCUUACUGUGCAGGUCUCAUUCAUUUCCUCCAGUUCCAUUUCACCUUUAAGUGCUAGAAACCAGUACAUGGGAACUUCUGAGUGCAGGAUCAGUGUAGUCUAGGGGGAACCUAUUAUUGUGUACAUGGGUUGAAGACCAAUAUAGAGUAAAAAUGGGCAUAUUGUGAGAGGAUUAUACAUACUGGAUCUCUGAAAAACAGCCUCUGUAAACUUGUGCAAGGACUAAGUUUUAAUUUAUAUAUUUUUUAACUGUUGCUAUAUCUGUAUUGUCCCUGUUAUACCUAAUUGCAAAUUCAAAUGUAUCCCUAUCGUGUUUUAUGACUUCCUUGAUAUUGUAUGUGGGCUGGAACUGGUCUGUGACCGAAAUAAUAAAUUCAUCAUCACUUGUGCAAGGAAACAGACAGGAAUUCUUUGGGGGUGUUUAUAGUACCAUCUGAGAGUGCAAGGAAGGUUUUUUGUGUGCACAUUGCACAGCUCCUUCCCCCCACCCAGCUGUUCACAUCUGUACGGGUUCACCAAUGUCAGAUUGCAUCCCUUCUAACAUGAAGCAGCCCAAAACUGGGACACAGAUUGCAGCCUCUCAAAAGUGCCUUUUUGGGACAUGGCACCCCAAAAUGCAUAUUUUUGAGCACCAUGCCCAAAAAAAGUACAGCCCGAAAUUAUGCAAGAUUCCAGCAGCCAUUUUUUCGGGGCAAUUGACAGGCAUGAGAUUAGUGCAACACCAAGGGGCACUGGCGGGGUAGAGAUGUUUCUGCCCUGUGCAAAGGUAUUCCUCUUCUUCUUUGGCAGUCACUCAUAGCCGAAUAAGAUUGUAUUCCAUGAAUAUGGUCUUAGUGGUUUGUCCAUAGGCCAGUUCUGGCUCCACAUGUCCUUCCACAGUGGGGACAUAGGUUUCUAGGCAGGAGUUGAUCAUGGUGAGGGUUUGCCAAAUGUGCUCAUUUCUCCCUUUCGUCCUGAGUUCAAGUGUCUUCAAAGUCCAUGACACCUUUGGUAAAGGCUGUUCUCCAACUGGAGCGCUCACAGGCCAGUGUUUCCCAAUUGUCAGUGUUAAUACUCCAUUUUUUAAGAUUGGCCUUGAGAAAGUUUUUAAACCUCUUUUGUUGACCAGCAGCAUUAUGCUGAUGUUCACACCUUGGCUAGAUAUGAAUUAGGAAUGACUCCAAGAAAGUUCAGGAAUUUUGGAUAUGAAUUUUGAAUAAUAUUGUGUAAACAUGGAUUACAAACCCAGCACUGGAAACACAGUAAGUGCACAGUAAAUGGAAGUGUGAACCCAGCAUGUUUUCAGAUUUACCUUCUCUGUUCCCCGUGUCAUUCUUUUGUAUCGUAUUCUUCUGUUGGGGAAAGACCAUAGUUAGUAGAAAAGUGUAUUACUCGCAUAUAGAAAGUCCCAGAUUCAGUACUUGGCAUCAUGACCAGGAUCAGGUAUCAGGGAGAGCUACCAUAAGUCAGAGUAGACAGUAUCAGGCUAGAUGAACUGGCAUUUUGCCUAUUUUAUUUAAUCAUUUAAUUUUUUAAAAAGUGAUGCUGAAUGGGAUUUGGUUUUCUUCUUCUUCUUCUUGGUGAAUUGCAUUCACAGGCCUGAAAGAAAAACUGAACAGCCAAUGUGUGAAGAACAUGAAGAUGAGAAAAUUAAUAUUUAUUGCCUGAACUGUGAAGUGCCGACAUGCUCAAUGUGCAAAGUUUUUGGUGCUCAUAAAGAUUGUGAGGUUGCUCCCCUCACGAAUGUUUACCAAAGACAGAAGGUAAUUAUUAUUUUUUUUAAAAAAGGCUUCCUCUUAAUGCAUUUUCAUCUGUAGAAUUCUAGUAGUUUUUGAAAACAAAUAACCAUAAUAAAAUUCUCUCCCUGGUGAGGUCCUCCACCAAUGUUGCGGGAUUGCAGUUUGAUUGUCCCACUUGAAAAACCCAGUCAGAACUGUAUACCAUUGAUUAUGUGAGAUGUGAAACUCAAAAUGGAAGGGCCCUACCAAGGUCAUCUUGUUGAAGUCCUGUGCCCUGAUAGGGUCUUUUUGACUUUUCUAAAUCUACCCAGCCUUUUGUUAAUACUGGUACAUGCAUUACAACCAACAUGUUGAUUAGCCUGUGACAUGGAAACCUUCCUUACCAAUGCAAAUUGAUAACACAACCAGGAAUGUGAGGCACUGACCAAUCCAAAUGGUGACUUGGGCAGCUUUCAUACACCAUGGCCAUGUGGCUAUGUGGAAGAAUUUAUCAGCGUUCCCCUCAGAGCUCCCACAGUGUAUGAAAUAAACAUGCCUUCUUUCUUUUUCUCAUUUGUUCUGCCAAACAAAACUCCUUAUUUUCAGACCUAGCUCUAGGCUUUAGGGGUUCCCCAGCAAAAAUGUACUUUGGUGAGCCUCCUUCUACCUUGGUGGGUUUUCUUGGUGACAUAGGCUUUUAUUCAUGGUCAUGGCAGGUAGCAGUGUUCCAAUGAAACUGCCAUUUUAAUUUCCCACAAUGCCCCUGAAUGUAGCAUGGCUCUGGUGCAUUGGAGGAAAUUUAACUGAUCGAUUCCAGAUUCCCACUGUGGAAAGUGACCAUUAUAAAUUCCCCGGAACAAAAAAGUGGUGUCUUAGUAGCAGCCUGACGUAGCUGUGUGCUAACACCAGCCCCAAUUAUUAGCUUUAUGAUUAUUGUUGUUGUUCUCCUCUCAAACCUUACCAGUUUGUCAUUUUCUUUAAAAUAUAGUGACCAAAUGUGCACAAUAUUUGACCAAAGACACAUAUCCUAGAGCCAAGAAAGAGAACAUACUACUUUUUAUGAAUCAGUAUAUUUAUGCGUACUUUUCAAUUAAUAAGGAAAUGUUUUGUUUUGCAAGUAAUUUCUUGAGUAUGAAACAGAAAGGCUGGGCUAUGCUCCUAGAAUCCUUUGCUGCCAUCUGUACAAUAUCUCUUUAUUUUUAACCCGGCAUUCACUAAACAGCUGUUUAUUUGGACUAUCCUCUGGAGAAAUGCAGCUCAAUUUCUUGAGAGUCCUAGUAUGGCUGCCACUAGACAGAGCCAGUUUACAAGUACAGCCUUUGAAUGGAACCCAUAAUUAUAUUUAUUUGUGAACACUAUGGCUGGGUAGAUGCAUUUGGGGGUGGGGACAUCCAGUUGAAUACACUGGAAGCUGUCCAUGGCUUUCUCCUUUCUGAGAUAAUUAGAAAGAAAUGAUGUUUAACAAAGAUAUCUGUGAAAUCCAUGAAUAUGCAUAUCAAUGAUUAUAUAUCUGCUGGAGAUAAUGUAAAACCUAUAUAUGCGUCUCCUCCCAAAUUGCAAAAUUUAGGCGGUGGUUCAAAUACUUUGUAUUCAAAGCAAAAAUCCCUGCAAAAUGAGCAAUUCAGAUAGGCUGGAAUAACCUUUCAAGAAGCAGUCUAGAAAUAAUUUCAGAAGGAUAAAAUAAAAUCCUGCCAAUCAACUUUUAAUCCUAUUCCUAUAGGAACAAGAUCCUUUAAUGAAAUAAGUUGUGGUGCAGAUUAGCUUCAUUUACUGCAAAAGUAUAUUUUGGAGUAUUUUCAUCUCUUUGGGGUUUUCAAAAGUAGAAUUUAUUGUAUGUUCCUAUAGUAAAGUAUGUACAUUUCCCCCAAAAAUUAUUUGUGUGGGAGGGAGGGGCAGAUAUUGUUUCAAAAAUGCAAGCAAUAAGGCCACAGAGUUUUAUGCUCUCCUUAAGUUAUGUUUAUUUUACAUUAUAGUCUGAACUCAGCGAUGGCAUUGCUGUAUUAGUGGGAAGUAAUGACAGGGUGCAAGGAAUUGUAACUCAGUUGGAAGAAGCCUGCAGGACAGUUGAGGUAAGAAACACAAUUUAGAUUCUACCAAACUAAAUUCUGCUUUAGAAUUCUAAUUAUUGCAUACUUACAUUGUUAUAGUCUGUGGUAAGAGCAAACAACUUUGAUGAUGGUGCAGUUUUAAAUGUCUCAUUUGAGACUUUCAAUCUCAUUUACUCUAAGAGGUGUGACUGGAGAAACACAGUUUUCAAGAUGCACAGAGCUCAAAAGCAUGGUAUGUUAUACACUAGCACAAUUUAUGCCAUAAAGAGCACCGUCUUAACCAUUUUUAAAUGGAUCAUGUCUUCUCUUGGGGCUAACAUGGUGAAUGCUUCGUCCAGAUUAUGCUACCAGCAGAAGCCAGGAAUAACAAAGGUGUCCCAUGACAGAAGAGCCUGUCAACCUUACAGCGUAGGCAAUGGAUAUGUUUAGUAAACAAACCCAGAUGACUCAAGCAAGUGCACUGGGCCACACCCACUAUGAAGGGAAUGAAGAGUGCAGUCGCCAGCUAAUGCACUGAAAGUUUCAAUCCACAUUAAAUUUCUAGCCCACUGUAAGGUUGCAGGGCAGGUUGCAACAAUUUAAAAUUCAGUAUUAAAAACAGUUUAAAACAAAUGGUUGGCACCUGUCUGUCUCAAGAGACAAUGGAAUGUGCCUCUGGGGAUGACGACAAACCAUUGCGUUAGCAGCACUGAAGAGACCUCCCUGGGGCGCAAGUCUGAGCAGUGUGUAUGGAGGUCCUGGGCUGCCCAGAUGACAAGACCCACCUCCCUCAGCUUCGUUGAUGUGGUGCAAAGGAAAUCAGAGCAAUAUGUUUGGCACCAGCUUGGCUGCAGGAAUUGCUGGUGUCAUCCGACUGUCUUAGGGACUCCAUUCCAGAUUUGUGCAGGGUUUACACCUUGGUCUUUUCUUCUCCCAAACAGAUCCCGCAAGCAGUGGAGGUUUAGGUUCAGAGUUUUCAUUCUCCUAGAUGGGCUGCAUUCCCAGGUUGAUGGGCCCCAUUUGCCCCUCAGUUCCCUCUACAGCACAUGCAGAAACCGCCUUCAUAACUGUUGGACCCACUAUGGGACUUGUCUAGUCAAUCCAUUGGAGCCUGUCCUCACAUGGAGGGGAAGUCCCUAACUCACCAAGGGUUUGAGACUCACUGGCUACCCUCAUCUGGUUUAGCCAGCCAGCUGAGGCCAUUUCCAUGCUGUAGCCAUUGUUGCUUGCUGACAGCUUUUAGGAGCCACACGUGAGAGCUGAGUGCAGGGUGGGGACCAACGGUGGACAAACUACCCAGAAUAAACAUGACGUGUCCACCACCAAAGUUACUACCCUUUCCCUAACAGCCCAUGCGCCCCUUAAAGCAAAUUACAGCCACAGAAAUAGGGUGGAUCAUGGGAAUAUACAUUUCAGGUGUGAAAGGCCAGGGUAAAGAGCCAAUUCAUAGUCACUGAUAGCUUUCUACAAGUAAAAAAGUUAAAGGGUCAGCUCCCCCUGUCAACAGUUGACAUCCACUGAGAAAGAAUGUGUUGAAUGGGUAGGAAACACUUACAUCACCAUUCUCACCCAUGUGGUAACAAUAUUUACAUGGAAGUAGAUUUCACGCAAAGGCUUACCUAGCCUUAUGAUGGAUGAGGUGAGCAACAGCAACCUUGCACUCAGUCCCAGGUGGUUUGGAGCCACUAAUUGUAUUUCCUACAAUGCUGCUAAUGUAGUGUCUGUCUGGGACAUUGUGAGAAAUUAUAAGGGUGGCCCCAAUGAGGGCUGACUCCAGGUUUGAAGGAGCAAUAAUCAAUGCACUCAAGGCUAGCCUAAUGCAUUUUGUCACUUGAGGCAAAACAGAAAAUGGGUCUCCUGCCUCCACCUAAGGUGACCAGAGGCAGCUGAGGGAAGCCCUGGCACAUGGAAGGUGACAGAGGAGAAUAAGGGAGGCCAGAGACGAGCAGGUGGCAGAAGCAGUGGCCCCAUUCUUCCCAGGGCCAGGCAGUGGCCACAGGUGAGAAGUGCAGGAGGAGGUGAGUGGCACACUCCUCGGGGGCCUGGUUCUGCCACCCACCCAGCUGUCCCCAGCCUGCCACCUGAGGAGACUGUGUUGUUGAGGCUAAUGGGCAGACAGGCCUCAAUUCACUAGUGGGUUUGGCAGGGGUGCUAAGGCUGCAGAGGUUUACUAGGGAUGGCUGAGUGUUUGCUAAAAAUAAACUAACAGGCAAACAAAAGCAAAUUCUCAAGUCCAAUUUCCAGUUUGAAAUUGGAUGACAUAAUGAAAUCGUGUGUAUGCUUUCCCAUUGCAGAAUGAAGCCUUUCUCAAAGGGUUACUUUCCUGCUGUUGCCAGACCUACAUGACCUUGGUUAAUAACCUGCCGCUUGCCGCCAUUUUACUUCAGGAUCCUUAACUCCCAUGAGGGUCAAUUAGAGAGUGUCAGUGCAUAAUUGGAACACCACGUGGUUCGCUGACUCUGCAUACUUAUUCCGGAUAGGUCAGAAAGGGCAUCUGAAACCUGCCACUCCUCUCAUGACAUUUUUCAGACACAAGAAGAGGCAUUUCUCUUUCAAGAUACAAUCUUAAGAUCAAAUGUAGGCCCUCCCCUCCCCAUUUUCUUCCCCACCCUGUAAAUAAAUGGUGCAGGCUGCAGGCUCCAGCAGGAGAUUGGAAAGAGGAUGGGUGCAUUUUAACUUCUUUUUUCUCCUUUGGCAUCCCACCUCUAAAUCAGCUAUCCUCCAGAUGAUUAUUGUCUUAUGUGAGCAAAGCACCAAAAGUUACCUGGGGGACAAAUUUGUAGGGAGAAGAUUGAGUAGAAGACUGAAGUUGCUCCCUUUCCUGCCCCCAUCAGUCCAUCAUGUAUCGUCUAAACCUCAGAAAGCAAUGUUGACCAUGUUCUAGACCAGAGCUUUCCAAACUGUGUGUUGCGACACAUUAGUGUGUUGGCUGCAGUGUACAAGUGUGUCGUGCAAUAUGUUUCUGUAUCUCUUAUAAGGGGUUAUUUGAGCUCCAGUUUGCUAGCAAAACUGAAUUACUGGGUCAAAAAAUGAUGCAUGUCUAAAAAUUGUGUCACCAACAUGAAAAUUUUGGAAAGCUCUGUUCUAGACCGUGGUACUUCUGCCUCUGAAAGUAGGCUGGACCGGCAAGUCCUGCUAUCUUUAGCUAUAAGGAGUUGACUUGUGACAAGUAUAGAAAGCUAAAGAUAGCAGGAAUGCAAGGAAUGGAUACUGAUAGUUAAGAGUGUGAAGCAUGUAGACCAGGGAUGGGGAACCAUAGCCCAGGUGUGAAAAGUGCCCCCCAGGCCUAUUAUCUGGUCUUCAGGACCUUCUGCAGGCCAUGCCCCCUCUGGAGACCCCUCCAUGCCAUCCUCAAGUGCCUUUGCCUGACUGGAAUGUGUUUUUGAAUUGUCAUAAUGCCUCUUGCUUGCCUGGAGGGAGAGAAGUGUACAUGUGUAGAAACCUCUGCUUUUCCAUGUAGCCUACUAUAUAAAGCUAAGAUUCACACUUGUUACUUGUUACCCACUUGUCUUGCCUCUGGCCCCACCAUCAGCUGGUGCCCAUUGGGGCUGGUGGGGUGGAAGGCAGGGAGCCAGAGCCAAUAACAAGUAGAGCCAACUGAUUUUGUCCCCAUCCUCCUCGUAGAAGAAGCUGACAGUCAAGAGCCAUUCUCUUGGACUGGAUAUAAGUGGGGGAUUUUUAAGUCCCACACAGACUGUGUAUUGGCUAUACUAGGGUGUGUGGGUGGGUGUGUGGGUGGGUGUGUGGGUGUGUAGGACUACAUUUUCUCAUGGACAACCCCAGUGGAGGUUGGCCAAUUAGGGCCUAUGGGGCACUGCCCCACCAGUCUGCCCUCAGCUUGCCUCCAUGUAGGCUCACAAGAUCAUCAUCAUUUUCAUUCAUUUCUUUUUCUGCCAUUUGUUAUGUGCCCAGAAUGGCUCACAACAAAUCAAAUGAAUAAUAAAUAUAAUUUAUUUAAAAAUGUUCCUGCACGUGCUUCUGGGAAAGUGCACAGACAGGGACUGAAGGCAACCAACCUCUUGUACUGUUGUGCCUAGCACCUGAUAUUCAGAAAGAUUCUUCCUUUGAGCAUAGUAUUUCUGUAUAUCUAAUAGGAUUAAAUAAAACCACAGGAGAAAUGGGCAGGAGAAACUGCAGCUGUCUCAGGGAAGUGAAAGAUAGAGAACAGUUCUCUGGGUUGUAGCCCAGCAACUCUUUCCACAGGAGGCAUUAGACAGGAGUAGUAGGACUUACACCACAAAUAAUGCUGUGAAUUUGUCUUGAAACCACAAGCGCCUUUCAUGAAGUUCUUGCAAAAUAUUUGCAUCACUAAUGUUAACAAACCGACAAAUAAAAGCACAUGAUGGGCAACUGGAGCUUGCAGAGAAACCCAUCUUAGACUGAGGUCAAAACUAGGUGUGAUGCAGAACAUCUCAGAACAUAAUCUGCUUCAUUAAAAAAAAAAUGAAGGCCACAUGAGGCCUGAAUGGGAUCGGGACCAUAGCAUUGGGAGAGUAGGUAAAUCCUUUCCUCCCAUACUCUCUUUGCCUAUAAAAUACCCUUCCCAAAGCUGCCAUCUGUCCCUCAAUGGGAAACGUAUGAUUAUACUAAAGAAAAUCUGAUGAUCUCCAUAUACAGUGGACACUCGGGUUGCGAACAUGAUCUGUGUGGGAUGCAUGUUCGCAACCCACAGCUGCACGUCAGCGCAUGUGCGGGUUGCAAUUUAGUGCUUCUGCGCAUGCGCAACUGCCAAAACCUGGAAGUAACCCAUUCCGGUACUUCUGGGUUUUGGCGGUCCUUAACCUGAAAAAACACAACCUGAAGCGUCUGUAACCCGAGGUAUGACUGUAGUGUUCAGGAGGACUCAUCUUAUUCUGCAUUCCUCCUGAAAGCUAUCCAGUCCCUACCAUCUAGGACAGGAAAGGCAGAGGCACGUGAUACAUGAUUGGAGGAACAACCCAAUUCAGUUCACAUUUAAAGGUGAACCUCCCUGUUUUGCACUUUCCAAAACAAGAAGCAAGUCCACACACAGCCAUCCUUCAAAAUUUGCAUUUCUCUGAAUUUUACAGUACACUCAUCAAGCCAAGUCGUGUAUACAAUAAUGCAUAUACCAGUGGAAAGUGUGCACAUAAAUGCAUACACUACUGAAAAUAACACAGAGAAUGCAGUAUAUCAAGGGAAAUGGCUUUCAGAAAUGGAUAUCUCUCUCUCUCUAUGCUAUAUUUACGCCAGUUUGUCAUCGCGGUGUUAUCAUUUGCUGGUUUCCAAGAUUCUAAAGGCAGGAAUGGUGGUGGGGAGAGAGAGAGGAGGAGGAUAGGCAGGAAGAAUAAUAAAUUAGUUGGUUGGGAGGGGAGGUUAAGGGAAGGCCUUGGUUGGCGAAACAAGGGUUGUUAUCUGUGUGACAGUUUUAGUUCUCUGAUGAUUGAGGGGGUGGGGAUAAAGUAAGAUUUGGAGAAGGGGCUAGUGGCGCUGUGGGUUAAACCACAGAGCCUAGGACUUCCGAUCAGAAGGUCGGUGGUUCAAAUCCCUGCGAUGGGGUGAGCUCCUGUUGCUCGGUCCCUGCUCCUGCCAACCUAGCAGUUCGAAAGCACGUCCAAGUGCAAGUAGAUAAAUAGGUACCGCUCCAGCGGGAAGGUAAACGGCAUUUCCGUGCGCUGCUCUGGUUCGCCAGAAGCGGCUUAGGCAUGCUGGCCACAUGACCCGGAAGCUGUACGCCGGCUCCCUCGGCCAAUAAAGCGAGAUGAGCAUUGCAACCCCAGAGUCGGUCACGACUGGACCUGAUGGUCAGGGGUCCCUUUACCUUUACCUUUAAGGUGGCAUGUAGAGGAAUGAGGGAAGUAUGUAAGUGUGUGAAACAGUUUUAGAGUUCUGGUGACAGGUGAAUAAAGUUGGAGAGGAGGAGUAAUUGGGGAAAGGACAGAUGGAAGUGGAUGGGGUCAAUUGGGACAUUUGCUGUAGAUCCACCCUCUCCUGUUAAUCAAAACGACAUACAAAAAUGUGUUUCUUCAGAGCAAUUCGCACUGAAAUGUUCAUGAAUUUUCUUGAGGAUUAGUUUAAUUUAAAUUCGCAAAGUGCUCCGGAAAUGUGGAGAACUAAAUUUAAGUAUGGAAAACGAGAAACUGAGAUGACCAACACUGACAGAUUUGUUUAACGCAAUAUGAAACUGAAUACUAGACAUCUCCCCAAGUUUCUUCCACCAGUUUCUUUGGGGAAUUUUAAUAAGGAAAGUCAGAGGAAGGGAAGAGUUAAGCCUCCCUGCACUGCGGGCCUCAACCAAUUUUGAAUGCUCUGUAGUUACUACUGUGGUACCUCGGGUUACAAACACUUCGGGUUACAGACUCCGCUAACCCGGAAGUAGUACCUUGGGUUAAGAACUUUGCUUCAGGAUGAGAAUGGAAAUCAUGCCUCAGCGGUGCCGCAGCAGUGGGAGGCCCCAUUAGCUAAAAUGGUACCUCAGGUUAAGAACGGUUUCAGGUUAAGAACGGACCUCCAGAACAAAUUAAGUUCGUAACCAGAGGUACCACUGUAUUACUAUUUCUUUUAUGCUGCAGGAGAUCUUGAUCACAUUGUCUCCCAUGUCACAUCUAACUCUGCCCUCACUAUAAGCCUUGUCAAAAGAACCCCAAUCUCUCACGCAUAUACACCAAAAGACGAAAACAGCUAAAAUGAUUGAACCUUCAACACCAAGUGAAAGGUUGUAAAUAAAAAAUACACAGGGCAAUAAGGUUUAAAUUCAAGAUACUGUGGCUCUAAUUAGCAGGAAAAUCCAUUGUAGUUCUUCAUGUAACCAAAGCAAAGAAGAAGAAAUAAUAUACCAAAGGUGGUUCAAAGUCUCUAAAAACCCCGAGCCAAGGAAGGAAGGGAAGAAAAAUAUAAGCAUUUAAGUUAAAACUUUGUUGUCAGGAAGGCUUUGCACUGCAAGGAUGAAAUUGGUUGCUAUCAGGGAUUUGCAGACUGAAACAAGCCUUUCAAGUAAGUUAACUGUAGAAAUUAGAAUCACACCAAAGCAGAGGCUCCUUAACACUGAAGUUUUAGCAAACUUAAACAAAAACCAAGACCUCAAAGGUUUGUAGAGAACGAUACAUUUAAGAAACAGAAGCAAUCUCCAAGACCAAUGCUGUAUCUUUCCAGCAAUGACUCACUCACAUGCAAUGCUCUCUUUUUUCAACUAUUUUCCAAACUGGAGAGAUUGAGAUACUCGUACAGCCUUUCACCUUCAUAAUGUUUAUGAAGGCUUUGCAUCCAUAAAUAAUAAUAAAAUAAGCUGUUAAGAUGUUUUCUGUGAGGAGUGAUUCCAUAACCCAAUGAUUCUCCCUCAUUUCACAUCAUCUCCCUCUCUGAUGGGCAUCAGUUUGACCUUGAAAUUUGUCAAGCUAAGAAAAUCUCCUAGAGCUAAGAGACACAAACAUUCACCUUCCUGUUCUGGUUUAAAAUGUGGAUUCCAAUACAUUGCACAGCUGGAAUCAAAAUGAUUUAAGCAACCUGGAAAUGGGGUUCCUGAUUCUUUAUUACGAUAAACUCUUUUCUGACCUCUGCUUAAAUUAGUUCACUGAAAGCUUUGAAUAAGGCUAGGCUUCUAAAAUAGAAUAUCUGAUUAUUUACUUUUUGUUUCAAAUGCAAAGGCAGAUCCUGCUGAGCUAUAUUUAGCUUUUGUAAUCGGCCCAAAGUUUUUGAGUAUUCAAGUUAUGUUAAGGAAAAAUAUGUUUCAGACUAUUUUAAAUAAUUUUGAUGUGUUUGAGAGUAAUAAUGUGUAUAAAAGUCUACCUACUGGAAGAAAAUACUUUAGAAGCUGAUAAGUUUCAUAUUUUUAGAAUGUGCUACAUAAUUAUGUAGAAUAUUUUUAUUUCCUAGUCUUGUCUUUUAAAAAUAUUUGCCAUAUUCAACAUAAUCUGCAACAUUCAUAGUUUUGAUGUAUUUUUCAAUACGUUUAGGAUUAGUGCACAUUAUGAAGAAAUUCCACGCCUCCCUCAUUAUUCUGGAAUACUAAAAACUAGAGGUUCUCUCUUCAGUUGUCUAAUGUGGUACAUUUUUGUUCAAACAGAUUUCAUUCAGAGAAGCCCCUUGGCCCUUAAUAGCCAUUGUUCAGGAUUAUUUAUUUUCACAAAAAUACUUUGUUCCGAAAUAUUUAUUUGAUAAAAGCGAUUUCCAGAAUAGUAAUGCAAUAAAAUGCAGGUGACAUAACACUUUUUAACGUGAAGCCAAUUAUUCACAGGAUUGCUGCAAAAGGCAGAAGGAGCAACUAUGUGAAAAAUUUGAUUAUUUGUACUCAAUACUGGAAGAAAGAAAAAGCGAGAUGACACAAAUAAUCACAAGGAGCCAGGAAGAGAAACUGGAACAUGUCCGGUCUCUGAUAAAAAAGUAUGCCAACCAUUUGGAGACAGUGUCAAAACUAGUGGAAUCAGGCAUCCAGUUUAUGGAAGAGCCAGAAAUGGCCGUUUUCUUACAGGUAUGGAGCUUCGAAAAAACCAGGAGGACAUAGGGUCUUGCUAACCUUUCCUAUGUUGUUAUUUGUGCAAUUCUAGUGACUGUUCAUACACGUAUGGCCCUCAUCUUACCAUUGACAAGAAACAGUUGUUUUAGUAUCUCUGGCACACGAUGCAUCCAGGAAAACAGAAGCUAUUGUGAAAUAUAAUGUAAGGCAGGGUAUAGGAAAUAAUCUUGAUAAAGUCUCCAGAAAGCAGCAACAUGUUUUGGGCACUGUGACAUCACAAUGAGUCUAUGUAAUUUGCACCUUUAAAAAUAUUUUGAUAGCCCCAUAUUAUUAAUGGAAGUUCUGGCCUAAAGCACAGGGUGAGGUCCAAUGGACACGCCCCUCCCUUUUUUUUAAAAGAGAAAAAUCACAGCUCCUACAUCAGAAGAUAAUAAUGACUGCCUUAUUUCAGAAGAUGACAGCUCUGCAAAGAGAUGCAAGUACACUGUUUCAUAUGUUUGCGGUUUUGAGCUGGGAACUUCCACCUACACUAUUCUAUUCAUAGAUCUCAAAGAUGAAGUCAGGGCUGGGUUAACCGUUAUGUUAAGUUCCGCUUAAAGCUCAGAGCCCCGGGUAAAUUGAGUCAGUUUAUGUGGUAUAAUUAUCUUGGAGUUCCCCAGUGUGAAAAGUGUACCUGUCCUGUUCCUUUAUAAUAUCCCCCUUAUCAGCUUAUAACUGAUGAUUAUCUCACUCAUUACUUGACAGUGAAGCAGUGGCAAUAUUCACAGCUGCAGGGAAAUUGAGAACAUUAGUAGUCUGCUGCUGCUUAGCCUGAGGAACAGAAUGACGAUGCUUUCUGUAUUGAGGAAAAUGUUCAGUAUGGCAUGUAGCAGACAGAUACAGCAGCCCAUUGCCUCCAUGUGUCUGCCUGUGUAAGUGCAUGCAUAGAUAUCUUCCUGUGCAAAGGUAGUUGUAAAGAUGUACCUUAUGGGUCAAAACAUAGGGGGUGGGAAGCUCCUCUAGUCAAAGCCCAUGUGAAAUUCCUGAUCAUGGUGAAAAGUCUAACUCCUGCAUUUGUUAAGCAUACAUUCUAGAACUCCCUAUAAAAAUUAACUUGCAAUGUUACAGCUCUGUUGCUGUUUGGUGGUCAUGUUGAAGAUGGGAGAGGGUGGUUUAGUGGCAGCUUUCAAAAAUUGUUGCGAAUUUAGUGCAUGGCAGUUUUAAGCUAUUGAUCCUCACUGUUUGUUUCCUAUGAAAUUCAGAUUGCAUUUCAAAUUGCUUUCUUUUUCCUUGUUAUAUUCGCCUUGAGGCCGUUUUGGCCUAAGGCAAUUAAUAAAUAAAGAUAUAAUAAUAAAUGUACCUUAAAGUAAGAAGAAUUUAAGAAGUAACUCAUUCCAUUGGUUUUAUUUUGUUUUUCACAGAAUGCCAAAGCAUUGCUGCAAAAGUAAGUUCUUCCCUUUCGAACAAGCCUGUGUAUUUCUCACAAAUAUCACAAGACACCAAUUUAAAAAAUGUUCCUUUGCAAUCUCUAAUGCAAAUGACACAAUAUUUCUGUUUUAGAAUUACUGAAGCUUCUAGAGCAUUUCAGAUGGAAAAAAUAGAGAAUGGCUAUGAAAUUAUGAGCCAAUUCACCGUCAAUCUCAACAGAGAAGAAAAGAUAAUAAGAGAAAUUGACUUUUACAGAGGUAUGUGCUUUCUUUUCUUUUCUUUGAACCCAUUUGCUUUGUUUUUAACCAUGAAGGUGCACAAUUUUUGUGAAGACAUCCUGUCAGGAAUAUGGCAGUGAGGCCUGUUUGACAUUUCACAAAUGUAACAAGGCCGUUUUCCAUGCCUCAUAAUCAAAAGUAAACUCUCAUGGAGACUAACACAGCAUACUGAAAAUAUAAUUUUUCUUUAAUAGAAUCUGGGGCUUUGGUCCUUCGUGAUGUACAUAACCAUUUUUUAAUUUUUUUUGAGAGUCAAACAUCCUCUCUGCCACUAAUGUUAUUAACCUCUGUCUGGCCUGUUUAUAUGACUAGGCAGAACCACAGCUUACCAAAUAGUGAUGCACGGGAGAACAUUUUCUUGAAUAGCGGUGCUCAUAUAACGUAACAAGAGAAUGGGGGCUUACUGGUAUGUACGUUCACAUGCCAGAAGGACUUAAUUGUCCGCAGUGUUAUUCUGCCAGUAAUAUUAACUCACCAGGGUAAUUUUGUAAAUGCAAGAAAAAUUAAUGUGUGUUUCCAUGACUGUUGCCAAGGAAAUAUACCAGUACUUACGGUAUGCGUUUGUAUACCGAAGGCUGGAAGACCCUAUUAUACACCUCUUGUCACUUCAAUCAAUAUUUGCUGUUGUUGUUGCUUUCAGUCUGCCAAUGAUACAUAAUUGAUUAUGUCCUGUCCCCCUCCCCAUUUGUAUUGUGUUUCCUUUGCAUCAAAAUGAAUGGGGUGGAAUAAUAGAAUGUUGAAGCAAUUUAUGCAAUUAAUUACAUAUAUUGCGUAUGUUAUGUAACUUUGCCAAGGUGGACAUUGAGAAGAAGAAUGUAGUUUUUGGUGCAGCAGAAUGAAAGCAGCCUUGCAUGCGACAAACACAGGCCAAGAUGGAUAACACUGCCUUCUUACAUCCCUAGAAUUCAUAGCUUCUUUGUUGUCAUCUUGAAAUAUUUCUAGCAUCAUACAUUUUCUUAGGUAGUUCUCUAUAAACUGUGAUCUUGAAAUAAACAUUCAGCACCUUUUGUGUUUUUGCUGGGAUGAUUACCAGAAAUAUGAUGUUGAAUGCUAUGUCUGUGUUUGGAUGACGAGUUGAGCCAGAAAAUAUACAAUGAAUGAGCAAUGUGAUAGUACAACACUGCUCUGACUGCACUCCUUCCCUCCUGCAAGCAACAGACUGGGAACCUUGGUUUACUGUGGCGGCCAAACCCUUGUUCAUGGAUUGUUUUUCUCCAAACAAACCACAAUUUGAAAUCAAGCUUUCAACCAGGCUUCAUAAUCAUAGUUUGCUUGAGAGCUGCUGCUGUUAGGAUGUUAGCUGUUCUUCCCAGGUCCUGUAUCAAACAGGAGUUGUACCAGGGUCACAGAUAGUUCAUGAAGGGUAUCUUUUAUAUCAGACCUUAUGCCAUUUGCACUGAUGCCAUGAUACAGAAAAUAAAUCAUGUAACAAGUCCAGACUACCACCCAUUGUUACAUCCUCUUUGUGAUACAUUAGAGGAGGAGGAGGACAAUGAGGAGGAGGAUGUGGCUGAAGCGGAAGAAUUGGAUGAAGUCCAGACAGAAUCCUCUGGUGAGGAAGAAGCGUCUGAGCAGGUAUCUCAGCAACCUCAGCAGGCCACGGAGAUGCCAAAGGAUACACUCGCUGUCUCUCAGACUAAUGUAGCACCAUCAUUACCAACUCCACCAUCAGUUACUGCUGCCCCUUCUGUUAAUCAGGUAACUAUUUGUCCUGUCUACUGUGCGUUAUUGUCCUAUCUACUGUGUGUUAGAUGUUUUCUCCCUAUUCUAGUCCCAUCCCAAGAAGUCGUUGGGAUGUUUCCAAUGGUGGCUUUGUGGUUUUCACUAGUAAAAAGAACUUCCUCUAGCACUCAAUUUUUGCCAAUCUGCCCCAUUCAUUGCAGCCUCCCGUGCCCCAUGAAAAUCUGUUCCUGAGUCCCGAGGGACCCCAGGAACAGAAUGUGAUAUGGCACAGAGGUGUGCAGUAGGUUGUGGGGAGGGAAUCAGCAAAGAUCGGAUGCUUCACCUUGUGUAAGCGAAAAUGCUUUCCCCUAGCACAGAGCUGCCAUUGAGUGCAACCUGUAGUUUCUUAGUUGCAGACUGAAUGUCAAUUGUCAUAAAUAAAUGAAAAGCAAUAGUAAAGCCAAUAAUAAUAAUAAUAAUAAUAUGGCCCACUUUCCCCCUGCCAGUUCUGAUACUGAAAGCAAGCAUAGCUAGAAGGAGGAACUGUUGGGGGCGGGGAUGUGGCAGGUGGAAAAGGGUUCUGAUCCCCUCCCCAUGUACCCCUACAAAUAAGCAAAUGCAAUUUAGUCAGAUUUAGAAACGAUGGAGAUUAGUGCUCUUUAAACUAUAUGUGUAGCACUUCCUUUCCCAGCAUGGUACCCUCCAGAUGUUCAUGCAGAUGUUCUGUUUUACAAUUUCCAUCAGCCCCAGCCUGCAUGGCCGAUGGUCAAGGAUGCUGGGAUUUGUAGUCCAAAACAUUUGAAGGGCACCAGGUUGGAGAAGGCUGGUGCAGCAGAACAAACUCUUGAAACUAGUAUUGGCAGCAAAUAUGCAAUUUAAAUGAAUGAAAAUUGCACCUAUCUGAAUAUCUGAAUAUGUUUUGCAAUACGCAUUAAUGUCUUCUUAUGAGAAUAUAGCAAUCCUAACAUAAAUCUAAUGUAUCGCUAUGGAACCGUAAGAUUGCAAGUCACAGAAAGACAUCCCCAUAUAUCCCACGUACAUACCUAUACGAUCUCCUUCUUCUGGGCAUUCCACAUAGUUAUUUCUGCACAGAAAUGGUUCUGUGGUUUUCAGUUUUAUAAAGCUAUCAGUACAAAUCAAGACGAUUGUUGGCAUACUCCUGACAGUGUGAUGUAGGUGCGAUUAGCUAAGUGCUCAAAUUACAGAGGGCUGAAAGAGUCAGGCCCCAUUACCUUUGCUGACAGCUCCUGUAUUUAGAAGACUAUGGGGGCAUGAUUUCACUAUAGUUGGGAGAAGUCAGGGAGAGGGGGAUUGUGGGUUUCAUUAAGAGUCCUGCCCCAAGCUUUCCCUCCACAACUCAAGUAUUGGAUGAAUGCAACCACUUAAUCAGGUCAUCAGAAGUACGUUCAAAUAUAGUUACAUAUGGAAAGGAAUGGCAUCACUUGUUGCUCACGUUACCACUUUUUAUGGGGAUGAAAUUAGAAAGGGUUGUUUGACUGCAACUGGCAAGCCUAAAACUUAAUCACAAAUGCAACAAAUUGAAAGACUUAUUUUAAUGCUGUUCCGAGGAAAGCUUGAUUAGGCAAACAGCACCUAUUUCUGAGUGAGUGAGUGAGUGCGUGAAAGAGAGAUUAUGUAAAGUUCCGUUCUUUAUUUUAACUUUAUUUUCUUUAAAUCUGCCUUGCUAAGGGUGGCGUUGUGCUGACAACUACCCAACAGUCCGGAGGACUAAUAGAAGCUGAACCACAAUCAAGUGGAGAGCCAUCUGAUCCCUUGUUUUAUCCUAGCUGGUAUAAAACUCAGCCACGGCAAACAACCAAUUCAAAUGCAGUCCCAGUGACUGAUAUUAGGCAGGUAGGGCCUUCAGUUCCCGCAGAGGUGAAUGUGAAGAAGGCAGAAGCUCCAGAACUAGCUAUGGCAAAUGGAAGUUCUGCUGCAAGUAGUAAGGAAGCUAACACACCCACUGAUACUUCACAGGUUAGUAUAUAGCCUAAGAAAAUGUUGCGUUACGAUUUUACAUGCAACAUAAUACGCAGGAGAUGGGGGAAUUCGUAGGAAAGUGGAUUUCUCAAUAAAUCACUUUGCUAAAUGAAACCCACAGUGAGGCACAAGUAGUAUUGUAAAGUAGUGCAUCGUAUAUUUGGUGGGGGGAGAGUGGAAAUGACACAGAAUACAAUGUUUAUUUUGUGCACUGUGUACUGGCUUUGAGACCUGGUUUAGUGGUAGCCAACACAGUGUCCUUCCGAUACUGUUGGACAACUCCCAAUUCUGGAUGGAGCUGUUGAGAGUUGGAGUCCAAUGAUGUCUGGAAGACACCUAGUUGCCUGCCCCUGACCGAAUCAGUCACUAUGGAAUGGUUUGAUGCAUGUUAGUUUCCUCCCCCAAGAUACACCUUCAGCAGACAAGUUGUAAUUUUCUUCUGAAUUUUGCUCUCACAAGGUGAUUCACAUCACAGAAACAUAAAUAUAAACACCCACCAAACACCUGUCUAACAAUCUGCUCCAGAUUUUGGGAGGCUCUUGGCAGUAUCUAUCCUGUGUUUGCCUUCUUGCUGCUAUCAUGACUGCCCAUGUGUGUGCCAUCCCUAUGGGCCUAAGCUGCCCAGAGGUUAAGAGCAAACCCAACGGAGGCUGCUACUCUCGGUUCUUGUCACUGCUUGCAUACUUGUAGAGGGCAUGUGAGCAAGCAGCAGCAAGAAGAAGGAGCAAGGCCAAAGGCCUUUGGCUCAGCAAUGGGCCUCCCGCUGGGUUGUUGGCCUUGGCAGAUGCCCGAUGGUGCUGCACCCUGAAACUGGCCUUGCUAGUUGCAGCCAACUUGAAACAGGUGUGCAUAUAAUUACUCGAAAGUGACCUUGGAAGAGAUGUUAGCACGUGGAUAUUAAGAUACAUGACUGCAAUCCAAAGAAUGUGCAAGUAGUUCUAUGUGCUCAACAGGGCUCUGGACUUGGAUUUCUCUAACAUCAACAUCUCAGCCAGCCCUCUCCCUGUCAAAGAAAAAAAAAUGCUGCACAGAAAAUAAGUUUGAAAAUGCAGAAGAGUUUCAAAAGCAAUUUGGGAUAUGACAUGGGGUGCACUGCACACAAGCUCUUGAACAAAGUAAUGCUUUGGAUCCUGCCUCAUGUCAACAAAAACUAGUUUUGGAAACAGUUCUUAGUUGGCCGUGUACAAGGUCAAUUAAGAGCUGAAAGCAUUUAAUUGACCAGAAUUUCAUGCAUGCAAAUUCCAAAAUAGCAACAGACAACUCUGUUGGUCUUUGUCCCUCUGUGUACACAUCAGGCUGAUAAUGUAAUUUUGCAGCUGCUGAAUAUACAGCAUUUGCUUCUAAUUACAACCACAUCAAUCACACAUCUGGAAUAUAUUGUCAUAACUUAACCUCUUCUGUAUGUACACUGUUUGAUCUGCAACCACAUCAGGUAUCUUUUUUAUCACUGUCAUGAAAAGCAUGGUGUGUUUAAAAUUAAUUUUGCAUUGUCAAUAACUUCUCCCAUGCAUUUUUCCUAUUGUGUCUGUGCUAUGGUCAGAACACAGUGCAAUACAAUAAAGUUACUUCCAUAGAGGCUGCAAUCCUAUACACAUGCCUACCUGGGAGUAAGUCGCAUUGAACUCAGCAUGGCUUGCACCUGAAUAGACUUGAAUAGGAUUGCCCUGUAAAUCACCACUGUUGCAAUUUCAGUAAAAUUGCAGGGUUGAUGUCUGAUAUCUUUUACACUUAUGAUGUAUUGAAAUCCUUGUAUAUUAAAAUAAUUGGAAAUUAUGCUACAAAAUCAAGAUUUCAUCCAUAGUUAUGUUAAGAUCUCCCCCACCUCCUCAAAUUUGCUUGUGAAAAUCUAUCAUGUUCUUCAAUGAAAGGCUCAAGAAAAUGGUAUGAAUGCACCACACACAAACAGUAUGCCUAAUGUGUAUGAACUCAACCUUGCAUGUGUGAAUGUCUUGAAACCUACAGUUUUAAAAUAUCCACUAACUUUUAACAUAAGCAUUUCAGAAUACCUUUUGUCAUUUUAUCCAUUAUAAACACAUUACAGAAAAGUACAUAAUAUUCCUUUCUCUGAAUCCCAUGCAUUUGUGUGUUGUGGAUUGUGUUAUGACUGAGCUGUGUAAGCAGCAGUCAGAGGUGAGCCAGGAGCUAAGAACCAGGAGUUGAGUCAGGUGUUUAGAGCUAAGGACCACCCAAAAACAUGGCAGAGCCAGCCCAAGCAGGAAGAUUUUUAUUUCUCCUUCCUGUCCAGUAUGACCAAUGACCAACUUGAGUGGGUGAGUUCAGCGCAGAGCCUAAGAAUGUGCCUAUUUAUGCACUGGGUAUAUUCUGGGGAAUAGUUACACUUUAAUUCAUCUUUUGCAGGACAUCUUCCUGUGGUCAUGAAAUAAACAAUUUCUCCCCCACCCCUUUUCCUCAGAAAAUUCUGCUGUUUUUAAUUCAGUAUCAUACUUGUACAAUCUCCCCUAUCCCUCUGCUGUUCUGGCUGGUCAUGGGCUGUAUACAUAUUUUCUCUACUCAUUGCAUUCUCUAUGGUUAGACUUAUCUAGGAAUUGAUAACAUUUCAACCCUUUCCUUUCCAGAUAGUUUUGCCUUUAUAGCCUUUUAUCUUCUUCCCCUGCCCCUCCAAACUGCAGCAGGCAAGGGGUUCAUGAAGUAAAGCGGGAGAGAGUAUUUAACCCACUUAGCAAUCCUACUUCUAACACCCUGUAGCUAUUUCACUUCCCACUUAAAGCAGAGCAGCAAUGAUUGGGUGCUGCUAAAUUGUCCACACUUUGAGGCACUGCCAGAAUGUUGCUCCAAGCUGCAGCUCUGAUAGAACAUCAUAUGGGAUGGACAUACCAGACCUGAAGGCUCCUGGUUCUAGCCAUGGCAGCUCCUGACAGAUGGAUGCCUUUAAACAACUGUUUUUUAAAGAGCAAUAACAAUAGGAAUGUGUAAAGGAAUAGGGGACGGAAUAAGAACAGACAGUCAGGAGCAACAGCACUGCUCAGCUUUAACGCUAAACGAAAGAAAAACAUACCCAAAGAAAAUAUGGGAGAAAACCUGGCAUGACCAUAGGGCUGGUUGGGACAAAGAAUACAAGGUGAGGCCAGGAAAUGAUAGAAGGGAAGUGUCACAGCAGUAACAGAAGACAUACCUAUGCCACAGGUAUAAACUGAUUUGAUUGCCAUUCCUUCUCUAAAGGCAAUCAUGAGACAGGCUUGGUUCCAAAGUUCAGUGAGUCCUCUGCUGGGCUCACUCCUGUGGAUGCAGUCACUGCCAGGCAGCUGUGUCUGAGCUACCAUUUUAAUUUCUCAAAAUGCCUAGAUACAGUGUCAGUAAUGGCAGUUCAGUUGUGUAACCACACAGCAUAUGGAGCCCAAUAUUAGCCUCAGCGCAGUAGUGGGUCUGCCAGGGCACCAGGGGGCCCAGCAGCAGCUGUCCAAAGCUGAUGCUGGACCUGCCUUGAGAUCUGUAGUUCAAAGGAGCAGGGAAUUCUCCCAACCUUCACCAGACUGUAAUUCCCAGGGUGGUUUGGGGGAAGCCAUGAUGAUUAAGCUGGUAUAGAAUAAUACAUGUUUAUGAUGCCCUGUAUUAUUUUGUUUAAUUGUUAAUUAAAUAAACUCUCCCAGCUUUCCUCUCAAAGGGGUAGCUCAGGCACCAUAGGAGGAAAGUUUCUAGCAAGUGCAUUAGUUCUGAUUUAUGCCUGCCUGAUAUUUUACUGGUGCAUGUGCUUCUUAUGAGGACCAAUCUAGCACAAAGUUGAGUUUAUGCGAAUUUUGAACCUACCCUGGGUGUUCUCAUCAUAACCACCCUUUUUUAAAAAGAAAAAGAAACACACAGACAACUGGGGGUGGGGGACAGAAAAUGGAAUGUCUUCUUCUUCACCAAACUUCACCAAAUGAGCAAUUUUCUCUGAUGACGUUAGUGAAGUAUUCUUCUUAUUUCCUCACAGGGAUUAGCAUUCUGCCUCUCAGUUUUGGCUUUUCUUAUCUUACUGCACCAUCUCUGGAGUCAGAUUCAGUACAUGCUUUUUACUUUGAGGGGUAGGAACUGUUUUGUUUUAUCCUUAACUAACAGCACAAGUCAUUUCUGUAGUCAUGCCUGCAGGUGGUUAGAACCAACCGUCCCAUUCUUUUCAUCCUAAAAGGACCAUGCUGUCAUGCCAUACAUGCUGCCUAAAGCUUUUCCUCUUGAUCUCCCCUCCCUCUGAAAUGUUACCCUGGAGUGUCAUCCUGCAUGGUGAAAUAUGAGACCUUUUAAGAAGAAGAGAUAGAUAGGAAAUCCCCAAUUAAUCCCAUGGAUGGUGUAUUUCAGAUAUUAGGCAGUCCUGACAUCGUUGAAAACUGUAGAUGUAACAACCCGUGGUUUCUUUUGCUGUACACAUAAGUAGCCUUGAGGGUUCACCCCAAAGAUGUGUAUGUGUAUCACUUUGAGUCUGAGGGAAAGGCUGUGAGGGAGGGAUGCUGUUUGUGCUUUUGUAUAGUGCUUCUUCUGUGGGGUUUUUUAAAAACCAUUGUCAAGUAAAUAGAAAAGAAAUUACAUUAAAAAUAAUCCAAGGGGAGAGAAAAAUUUAGUGAAAUUGUCAGGGAUGGGCUGCAGGGCUUUUGAUCUGCUUACUUUCAAGGUAGCGGAAAGGUUUUGUGAGUGUCCUUCCUAUCAUUCUGCAAGUCUAUUCUCUAGUGGUCUGCACUCCGCAACCUUCCCAAGAGCCCAUGCUUCCUGAAAACCCCAUUACAUCCUUGGCUCUAAGUACAAAAAAAAUGGAGAUUACCUACUGGGCACCUGGCACCUGGGUGUACAAAAAAAAGUUGCUCCCUUUUUUAACCUGAAUGUUGUGGCCUUUUGCAUUUAAAGAAAUGAGUACAGAUAGGUUUCCUUUUUAGAAGGUAAAAGGAAGCAGUUCCCUUAAAAACAAACUCAAUGAUUGUACUGCCUCAAGCCCUUGGUAUCCAGCUAUCUCAACUUCUCAUGCUUCAAUUAAAGCCCAGGGAAGAUGUUAGGAAGUAACCUCCUAUGUGGGCUUUUCAGAUCAAGAAGUGCAGACAACUGGAGAAACUCUAGAGUGCUACACAGAUAUUUAAUGGGGACACACACACACACACACACACACACACACACACACACAUUGUAAGUUCAACCAAACACACACCACCUUUCUGAAGCCUGAAAAAGCAAAGCCCCUUUUCCAGAGAAAGAAGACUUUUGAGAAAUUAGAGAACAGAUUUUGGCACAGCGUAAAGCAUGUGGGACAACUCCCAUGGAAUAGUGCCAUUUCAGAAUGCAAAUCAGGGAUUGCAUGAUUGAAUCUCUGCUAUGUCAAAAAUUAUUUACUUACGAGUUUUAGCCUACCCUAUCCUUGGCUAUUAAUUUACUCUGUGCAGGAUGUUUUAUAUUAAGUGGGGAAUAUUCAGACUUGUAAUCCCCUGCCUACAUUCUGCAAUUCCAUAUGAUUACCAUCAGCUUCUUCCAUCAGCUUAUGCUAUGGUAAGCAUGAAACAAAUAUUACAUUCAUUAUAUUUCUUGGUCCUUCGUUAAAAAUCUCAGAGCAGCUUACAUAGGGUUUCCAAACAUCCUUCCAUUUAAAUACUAACCAUGCUGUGUCUUGUUUAGCUGUAUAAAUUGACCAGCAUGUGGCCUCUGACUGAACAAUUAAUGUGAGGAAUUAUUUUUAUUUUUUAUUAUUUAUUGAAUUUAUAUACAGUACCGUCCUAUACCCGGAGGUCCUAUGUACAAGAAAUAUAAGGUGCAUAACUGAUAGACAUUUGGUGCAGCUGUCCAGAAGGUAACAUUACCAUGUGCAGUCACUGUGAUGCUUGUGUAUUUAUUAAAUUUUUAUCCCAUCCUUCAUCCCAAAGGAUGUUUGCGAGGCUCUUGCCUUGUCAGAUGUUGACACAGAUCAAAUUAGCGUGUAAGAUAUUUUGGAGACACUCACUGUAGAGAUCUCUACAAUUGAAUUCUAAUCCAUCAUUUGAAACUCGAAGGUAGAUGAAUUUGCCUAAACUACUGGUGAAUGAAAUGAUAGUCAUGGAAAAAGUAAUGUUAUUGCAGCUGCCACCCCAACCCCCAGUAUCUGGCUGUAACUUUAUCAUGGGAUUUCUAGAGUCAGUCACAUACCAUAAUAGAAUGUAUCUGCCACAAUGCCCAAAGUAUUUGGAAUUAACAUUUAAAAAUACGUGUCUAAGAGAUGGCAUACAUCAGACUUCAAGGAAGUCUGCAUUUUGCUAAAUCUCAGACAAUUGCUAGUUAUGCAAAUGUACUUAAAGCACACAGUAGCUAAUAAGAUCAUUAAAGAGAUGGGACUGAAAUAUCAGACUGUGAAUUAAUGUCAUGCCUCAUUUGAGUCUCAAGUGAUAAACUGUGAUUAUAUUUAAGUUGCUGUCUAAAGUGCAGUAUUUCACUUUUGGAAUGAUCUAGAGUAAUUUCAGCACUUUAAGGAAAAUUUCAGGAUUCAGUUUUGGAAAAUAGCUUUUAAGAUGUUAACCUUUCCAAACUCAGUCCACCAAAAAAACAAGAAUGUUCAUCAUGUGCUGUGCUUAAUUUUUUUUUUAACGCAUGAAUAUCAGUGAGUCAGAUGGGAUUACUCAUAUACUUAGCAUUAGAAAUUUACUGAAGUCAAGGCUAGAUUUUAAUAUCAUAGAGGCCUUAAUAUUGAAUCAUAUCCCAGGGAUGAAUAUGUUCCUGAUCAGUAGAUUAUGGUUUGUCCUUUACCACCAUUCACACAUAGACAUAUAUUCUUGUUCCCCCAAGCCAGUACUGCUCUUGAAAUCUUCUGCAUCACAAGCAAAAUUCUGCAGUUGAUGCUGGCUUGGCCAAUAGGAUACUACUACUAUUCUAACCUGCUGAUUGCCAGGUACAUUGAUCUUCAGUAUUAUGAUAAGAGUUUCUAGUUUUAUGAUAUGCUUUGAAUGCUUGCUUAUUCAACAAUUUCCAAAGUGUUUUACCUACAGUGGUCAGGGAGAAAAAUAAAACAUUUUUUUCUGUUCAACUUAGAACCCUUGUUUUUCAAGCCUUACUCCUUUUAAGAGUUGGAUAAAUUGGGGCUACUAGCUAAUAAAUCACAUAGGGAAGUCUUUCAAAAGAAACAGUAACAAUGAUUCCAUGUUGCAUCAUUUUCAGACUAAGCUAUAGGUUUUAUAGAAUCUUGAGUAUAACAACUCUGAGUGUCCUGUUCUAUUGCCAGAUUCGGGGGGGGGGGGGGGAAUCCCACAUUAAAUAUUCUCUCUUUCAGGACCAUCAUGGCUCCAGGUCUCAAAUGGCCAACACACCUAAACUUCCCUGGAGAUUCCCCAGUCCAGCACAUAAGCCUGAGAAGACUAAGGAUAUGAGAAAUAGGGCUGUGCAACUGCUCUACCCAGAUCCCAAACCAAAUUAGACCAAUUUGGGUCUACUCAGGAUUUGGCUGGAGUAGGUUGAGGCAGACCUGAGUAGAUCAGGUCCACCCAGAGCAAUCUAGGGCUGUCCAAAGGGGUGUGGUCAGGCAGUGAAAAGAGUUGGGGUUUUCCCCUCCUCCACUGACCAUAUGUUUAAGCAAGCUUUAAAUCCUUAAUUAAACACUGUGCGAGGACCCUGAUUUGGUUUGGGGUCUGGAUCCUGGUCAGAUUGGGGUCAUUAUGAAUCACCAGAUAGUGCCCUGAAUUGGAUCUAUGAGGCCCUCUUACACAGACUUAGUUAGAAGGCCUCCAUUUCCAUUCCACCCCAUAUUUGUCACAUGUAGUGCUGUUUCCAUUCUGCUGCAGUUCAGCUUCCAACAAAAGUUAUGCCAUUUGCCUUGCUGCCCACUGUGGUGAAAAGUUAUGCAAUCAAUUACAUAGUUAACCAUGUAAUUACUUUACAUCAUCAUUAUGUUAUUCCAAGCCAUUCAUUUCAAUGCAAAGGAAACACAAUGCAAAUUGGGGGAAAGAACGUCACCAAUUACAUAUUGUUAUGCAUCAUUUGAAACUUUGCAGGAGUGGGGUGAAUCCAUGUGGGGGCAAUUUGGAAGAGGGAAAGGAUAAUAGAAAAAGGAUGCACUAACACAUCCUUCCUUCUUCUUCAAUUCUGAUUACCCCUCCAAACAUGGCUUUUCCUAUAAUAAAAUAGCCAGUGGGUUACAAUUACAUGUGUUUGGCCCUAACAAACAUAAUUUUAAACAUAAUUAAUUGUAUAUUUAAAAUCAAGUAGCUCACCCUUGACUUCUUUCUUUUUAAUCUUCCUUUCUUUUGUAGUUUCUGGAAAUUGCUCUUGUGAUUCAAUCACACCAGUGUGGAGCUGUUGUAAUGACAAAACGUUUUUGUAAGGUUCCCAGGCAAUGCUUUUGCUAUAAUUAGUUUUGCCAGUGAUGCCUUCCCCUAGCAUUUAAUAGUCACAUCUACAAACUACAUUGUGAGUCAUGGGAUACCUUCUGGUUUCUGAAUUUAGACCUUUCCCAACAAUCUUGCUUCAGAAUGAUGGCGGGUACAGAUAUUUUCUCUAUUUAGACAACAGUGCAACCAGGCUGACCUGGCCUAUGCACUUUGCUUCACUGAAAACUGAAAAAUACUUGUCUUGUCAUCUCUACGUUAAUUUAAAGGCAUUGUUGUUGUUGUUUUUAAUGUAAGGAAACAACUGUUGUUUCUUUCAAAAUAUCAUGGAAUUUUUAUCUUCUAGGUCCUGCCACACAGAAUCAUAGAAUUGUAGAGUUGGAAAGGACCCCAAGGGUCAUCUAGUCCAACCCCCUGCAAUGCUGGAAUUGCAGCUAAAAUAUUCUAGCCGUGCCUUUAGCACAGGAUCCCUUCUUCUAGCUAUUGGUAGGUGGGAGGAAAGGAGGGAUUGCAGGACCCAAAGUCAGCUUUGUGAGCUGUCCUGGCCCCCUGGUGGUGCAGCGGUUAAUUCAUGGCAAUCUCCCACAGCCACAUCCCCUCUGAAUAAUAGACCUAGCAAAAAUGAAGUGUGGCUUCAGCGCCAAGGCAGCUUUAUUCUUAACCUUCCCCUGCCUCCUUUGGUUCACCUUCAGUGUGAUGAAGGGUUACACCGGUCACUGUUCUGUGACAUUAGAGGUGGGGUUCAACGAAAUAGUUGCACAAGUGCAAGGAGGAGGGCGGGUGCAAUGUAAUUUUGUCUUUCCCCCAUCUGCACCUUGUGAGCCCCCGAAUCUGCUCUGGAAAACAGGAGAACCCCAAAACAGAUUUAGGAAUGGGCAUAGGGGAAAACAUCCUGUCAUGCAAAGAGAAAUCCUUGUGUUGACAGGGUGUUCUCUUUAGCACUGCCCAAUGACCAGGGGGAAAUAAAAGGGAUUUUUCAAAAUAAGAGUGGCUGCCAAACCCUCCACAAUCAACAUUCUUGUACAGGAAAUGCCUGUUUUCCCAUUUGGUAUAUACAGUUUUUAUGCUGUACUUGAAGCAACUGCUGAUAUUGUGGAGCCAUUGCAUUAAAACGUUCACAGCACAGGGUUUUAGACCUGGGAAAUGCAGUGCUAGCACAUUUGCCCUGUGAAAUAUGCCUUUGCACAUAUCAUGAUUCAAGAGCACCUAUUGGAUAUUGCAUCACUAGUGGCGAGCGAAACAAAUACAUCUCCCUUUCCUUGGUUGCCUCUUUUCAUGAAUAUUACUUCUGGUUAGUUUUGCUGUUUUAUCAAUUCUUUGGAGACUGUGCUACGCUCACUGUACAAUUCUUGUAUGGAAGCAUGCAUCUAGUUAGACUCAUUUGUUUUUAAAAGAGACUUAACAACUAUUCCCCUUCGUGGCAAAAAUAUUAUUACAUCUAUUAUAUGGAAAGGUUAAAUUUAUUAUACCCAUUGUCACUGAAACGUCACUUGCACGGGAAUAUUGCACAAUGGCUAAUCGUUCUGUGAUCCUGAAAUUCCUAUAUUGUAUCCAAUUCUUUAAAACGGCAGAACUGAUCUGUAUAGGGGAAUGCAGGGCAAUUCUCACCAUCCACAGACUAAUUCAUAGGCUAAUGGACUCACUGGUAUACUAAUUUAUCUUUUCCUGCCUAUACCUUUAACGUCCUACAUAUGCUCAAAAACUCUUCUUGCUCAAAACAGUUCAAGAGCAGGGCAGAUUUUGCCAAAUUUAGGAAGUGCUUGGGAAGCAUCAUAGGGCAUCUGUCAGCAUGUAAAAUGUCUUUCCUGUUCUUCCUGAUGGUGCUCUUAAUUUUCCUCUUAAAAGUUGUAACAGUACCAGAGUGAGAAAAUGAGAUUAAGGCCAUUGCACUUCCUGGCAAUAGUGGAGAACCUGUGGCCUUCUGAAUUCUUUUGGAUUACAAUUCUCAUCAUCCCAGUCAGCAGAGCCAAUGGGCAGGAAUGAUGGUAGCAUCUGUAGGACAACUGAUUCCCUACUCAUGGUAUGAAGGAAUGGCUAGAGAAUUGUUACUUUUCAUUUUGCUUAAAAAGUAGCCAUCAACCAUAACCCAGAGAUGGUUAUUUUAUUGGGUUCAUUGAGUUACCACCCUUCUGCUCUUUCUUCAUUAUACUAGAAUAACACUGCUGGAACAGGGCCAUCCUUUUCACACAUUGGCCAGCCAAAUGCCCACAAGCAAGACCUGAGCGCAACAGCACUCUCCCCACUAGUGUUCUCCAGAAAUUGGCAUUAAAAAGUCAUGCCACCUGCAGUACGUAUGCAGCCAUAAUGACUAGUGGGCUUUGAUUGCCUUAUAUAUGUGGAUUUGUCUAAACCUCUUUUAAAGUCAUCAGCUUCCUAGUAAUUAGUACAUUCAGUAGUAACCAAGUCCUUGGUGCAACUAUGCACCAUGUGAAGAAGUACUCUCCUUUCUCGGUUCUGAUUCUUCCUCAUUCAUCUGCAGGUCCUUUAUGAGCAACUUUUAAAAAUCCAUCUCAAUAUUGAGCAUUGUGGGACCCUGCUUCAUCUGCUCUGGUCGUAUGAGCUGAAUGAAGUUACAUUUCUUGCCUUUCCCAUCCAUUAGUACUCAGUAUGACUCUAAGAGUGAGAAGAAAACACACCACAGAUCCAACCAAAUAAGAUUUAAAGAUGAAAACAUUCUAGAAAUAACCAGAAAUCAGAGUAAAGAAAGAUGUUGACAUUAUACUAUGGACUCUGUCCAACUGCUGAGUAACUUCGAGGAACUAGAAUGUGUUGAUGGUCUUGAUGCAUCAGCAAGAUGGUCUAUUUAUGGAGCUCUUACUGAAUGGAGCUGGCCUCCAUAGCAUGUGCAGUAUGCCCAUAGCUGUUCUUACAUGCCCCUCCUGGCAUAUUUGCAAUAUCUCAGCUUAGUCAUUCAUUCAUGAUCAAGCGAUAUGUGUAUCCAAACCUUACAAAUUAUUCAGGCUUUGUUACCUGAUCCAACGAAUGAAUGGUACAAAGCUCUGCCAUGAGUCAUAAUCUUAAAUGGGUCUCAUUCAUCAGGUCCUUUCAAAGAACAAUCUAUAUUUUAAAGUGCCGUCUGCUUCUUAAGUGGCAUACUUAGACAAUGCUCUGCGUCACUGCUAGAAUAGCUGCCCUUCUCUCCCACCAGAAGAGAAUGUUUCUUUUGGCAGUUUUUGAGGUCUACGUCUUGUAACACACAGCUUGCAAGAUCUUGACUUCAUGAUGUCUCUUCACAGUUUUCUUAAAGAGCAUCAAACAAGCAAACAAGAUGAGGACGAGAGAGUAUAAAGUUAGCUUUCUAACAUUAACACCCACAAGCUACUCUACAUUAUUUUUCAGAGCAAACUUGUAUGCAAGCAUUAUGUUAUCUCUAGUUAAGCAGCUAAACAAAAAGUUGUGAGCAAGUGAUUCAGAAAGAUGGUUUGAUCACAGUCUAUAAACCACACAUUGAUUUGGAUGAUACAAUACAAUGGAUUACGUUUUCUGAUUUGUUUUGUUUUUUACAUGAAAGGGAGGCAGACAAUUGUUUUUAUGUGAGUAUGAUAGAUUUAGAUUAUUGCAGUCCUAUUAAAAAAAACACUUGUCAGCAUAUGUUUAAAGAAUUCUGGAAACAGUCAUUUAAUUUAAUGAACCACUAGAGUUUUCUGAUAGAAGAUUCACUGGACCUCUCGAGAAAGGCGAGAAAUAAUGACAAAAUUAUGUUUUCACUGCCUCUUUUUCAUCUGCUGCAGUCAGUCCAGUGGCACACAACUUAUUUUUGUUAGAUAUGAAUGGUGAACAGGGCUUAAUAAUUCCCUAACAGCAGGUGGUAAUGUUUAUCCUAUCAGAAAGUGAUCAGAGAACACACCAGACAACUGCUAGACCAAGUGUCUCCUCCCUGUUUCCCCUUGAGUUUGAAAAGCAUCAGACAGCUGGCUUGGUGCACUGUUCAGUUGCAGCAUGCAAGAUGCUUAUGGAAUCCAUCUUGAGCCCUCUGCUGAUGCUUGCCCAGUUCCCUCACCUGGGUGGAAGCCAUCCCUAUGGGAUAAGAUGUCUGUGAGAGAGAUUGCUGCUGCUAUGAUAAAAGCACCCUGAGAAUCAUACACUACAGAGUAAGAUGAUAGGCAGAGUAAGAUGUUUCGGGCUUAAAUUUGUAUUGAUAGCUUUGUAUAGAGCCACUGAGAUAGAUUAGAAGUGUAAUGACGUGCGGCAUUUUCAGCUGAGUCCACUGGAACAUUCACACUUUAUGGAACAGGGCUUACUUAAGGGUCUCCUUCCCCUGAAAAGGUUUCACCAUUAGUUUAAGCUCCCUAAAGUAUGCUUGACAUUACAUCCUUCAGGGAACUUACCCAGCCUACACACAAAGAGGAACACUGCAUUCAUUUCUCAGGACUAUUUUUGGAAUCGUUAAGGUUGUGUGAAAUAAACAGCAUUACAUUAUCCUUUUGCCACAUAGCUCUAAUUGUAACAGAAUGAAAAUCUAUUUUGGUGAGACAUUCAGUCCCCAUGGGCGCGAAAAGUUCACGGCCAACCACCUUUCUGAGAAUUGAACAGCUAAUCUCAUGAUGGAUGGAGUUUGCUGGUGCAUAUUUUACCUGCCUACAGUUAUGUAGUUGAACAAUUUAUUUUAUAAGAAAAGAGUUUCACUUGGCUCCCAGAGAAUUAAAAAUAGGCAUAAGAAGAGAAGUCUUUGAGCUUAUAGCUGUAUUGUUAUGAUAAAAGUUGACAGCUGUAGGAAGUUCUGCUGAAGGGAUUAUAUUACAUUACCAUGUAAACAGAAACUCUUUAGAGAAAGUUGAAAUUGUUUUAAAAUAACCUAUAGUUACGUCUGCCAUUCUAUUUAAAUUUUCAGUGGACAAAAAAUAGUUUCUGACCAUGGAGAAGAGCCUAUGUUGUAAGUAAUAGAUUAUUAGCAGACAAUGCAUAUUGUAGUGGUGGGAACAUAAAUUUGACAGACAAGGGUUGAAUUCAAAUCAGUACAGCCCUGAUGUGAAAAUUUUGCAAAUAAUGAGUUUUUAAGACAAUACUUUUAAAAUUAAUUGAAGUCAAAUUCAGAUUCUGGUUGUGAAUUUUUGGGUGCAGGCAGGCAAAUGGAUGAAGCCCAGGCUUCAGUGGCAAAAUUUGAACCACCUUUCAUCCAUUACAUUCUUUUUCUAGAAUGUACCGGUAACUUUUAUUAAGCGAAAUUAUAACAUUUUUUAUAUAUGCAAAGUGCCAUUUCAGCAGGAGUUUAAGACUGGGUUUUCCUUUUCUCCUUUACUAUUAACAUGAAACACAUAAAUUAAAUUACCUACAUUCAAAUGCACUUCUUGUUUUCUAAAAUCAUAUAUUAUUAUAUAAUGGAAUAUGUGAUUUUCAAAAACAAGCAGUGUUGAUAUUAUAUAGCAACAAAUUCAAAGGACAUUUAAACUGCAAUUCUGUCCCUAUUUAUCUGAAAUUAAGCCCCACUGAAUUAAGUGGGAUACUUAUUUCUGAAUAGGCAUGUGUGUUCUUAUACUAGACACAUACCAAUCAAUUUGCCUUGUGGAAGCGUUAAAGUGCACGAUUCAUGCCGUAAAGCUCUUGCUGGACUAUAUCACUUCAGGCUGGAGGUGAGGAAUUGCAUUUUUUUAUGUGCUUGCAUAUAAAGAGGACCCCUUAUGUGAGGGGAAAAAACAGCUAGAAAAUUGGUGCAAUAGGUUCUGAGAGGGAAACUCUUAAACAAAAAUUACAAGUGUGUAUGAUGUUUCUGGAUCAUGUCUGCUGAGUGCUGGAGUGAUUACCAAACAUUGUCAUUUUAAGUAGAAAACUUUAACAAAAGCAAGUGGUUUUUUAAUUUUGUUAAAUGUGAAUAAGAUGGAAAGUGUGGAAAUGGAGGAUAGGAUGGGUGGUUUUAAGGAAGGAUCAGCAAUGUUUUCUUGAUGGUUGCUUAAGGAUUGCCUGCCACUCAGAAUUUACUAAAAAGGGAAAGAGUGCAAGGGGAUGAUGGAUAAAACCAGAAUAGCCCAUUGAUAACAUUGCUAAUGUUAUCAAUGUGGAGUGAAAGUUUGUAUCUCCUGCACAGUAAAAGCCUCAUACUCAGAGGUGCCAAAUGCCUGCACUAUGGAAACCAGCUUAAACUAGUGCAGGAAUUGUCAGCAACUUCUGCAUUCCUGGGACCUAUUCUGUAUUCGAGACUGGGAUCCAGUGCCAUUCUGCCACACAAACUCAGCUUGUUCCUGGGUGGUCAAACUAUUAAAAUUCUCGGUUCUAUGCCCUCUAGCAAUAAAGCUUUCAUAGUGGAAUGCACAUGGCAGAAUGAGCACUGACUAGGGAACUGCAUUUAAAGAAUACGAAACCAGAUAGAGAAGCAGUCUCCCCAGGUAACUUUUUUCACUGCUCCCUGUUUUGCAGUGCCAGUCUUCCUUUGGUGUAGAGUAGCAGUCUUCCCAACACCUGGCAACCACAUCCCCCCAUCAGAAUGACACAAAAAUGUCACAUAGUGUCAGUCUUAGGGUAUUUUGGCAGGGGGCAUGGUGGUGGUUGGCUGCUGUUAGAGGAGGAGUGCAAAUCCCACCACCUGUACAUUCAGCCAGCUUUCAUUCCUCUGAAUUCAAAAAUCACCCAAAUGACACACACCCCGUCAAUGGUGGUAAAAGGGGCAGGGAUUUUAGCACUAUGGGACCAACCCUGUUCUCUGUUCUCUGUUCCUUACAUAGAAAGAUGCCUUAUACUAUCAGACCAUUGGUCCACCUUGCUUGGUAUUUUCUACGUCGACUUGCAGUAGCUCUCAGGAUUUCAGACAGGUUUCUCUCCUAGUCUUACCUGGAGAUGCCAGGAUUGAACCUUGGACCUUCUGCGUGCAAAGCAGAUGCACUGAGUUAUGGCCCUUCAAAUAAGGGCAUUAGCUAAAGCAGGAGUGCGAACCUUUGGCGCUCCAGGUGUAGCUGAACUACUACUCCCAUCAGCCUCAACAAGCAUGCCUGAUGGUGAGGGAUUAUGGGAGCUGUAGUUCAGCAAUACCUGGAGGGCCAAAGGUUCCCCACACAUUAGCCAAAAGGUGUCAUCUUCCAAAGAGAUAUUUCCCAACAAGCAAGGGACAUAAUUUUUAAACCCUUGAUGUCCCAUUAGUUCAGUUCACAAUAAUCAACAGUUGUAUUUGUUUACUCUUGCUCAGCUAUGCCACUGAAACAGAGGGUACAAGACUGAACUGUAGCAAAAGUGAAAUUAAGAUGUGUCCAUUUAAAAACCUGUGCUAAUAAGUGUACAGAAUUAUGUGCCCACAUAUUGUACUUGCAACAGUAUUACUUCAAAAGGAUCAUCCUUAUUAGGAUGGUAUUUUAGAGUUGGGGCCCUAUAGAAUGAAUCUGCUUGGUGCAAAAUCCAUUUAUGAUGUUCCUUAUUUAAAACUAAGGAUCUGGUCCUUGAAAGAAAAUGCAAAACUGUUAUUAGAUAGAAAGAAGCAAACUACUUUUUUCACACCCACUAGGCAACAGGUCUUGUUUUGCAAACAGCAUGACUCUAAGCCAACUAAUACCUAACAAGUCAUCAUUCCUCACUAACUUGGUUUAAAAUUUAACACUGUAUAUUUACAAACGAUGCUUGGGACAUUGCCAGACCAUCUUUAUCCCAUAUAGCAGUUCAUCAUAAGCAUCUGUGAUAGAAACAGUAUUUCAGGUAUAGGAGACCUAUGGCUCUCCAGAUGUUGCUGAAUUGCAACUUCCAUCAUUCCUGGUUGUUGGCCAUGCUUGCUGGGACUGAUGGGGACUGUAGUUCAGCAACACCUGGAGGACCAAAAGUUCCCCAGACCUGCUGCAUAAGUUUGUGUUUUCUGAUGAGCUAUUUCAAGGUUCUCUACAUCUUAGAGAUAUAGAGCCAUGGUGAGGUGCAGCAUACUCUUUUAAGAGUAAGGAGGGAAGUGCCCUGUGUAUUGAACAUCUUUGUGUGCUCUGGGUUUAGUGAAAAUUUGGAAGAUGCUUCUGUUGAAUUUUUCUUAAGGUAAAAAAGGAUGUCCUGGUUGGCAUCUCUAUUAACCAUCAAGCUAGAGUACAAGUGCUAUCUGAAGACUUUCUAUGACCAACUUAAGAAGCAUAAAAUCAUAAGUUCUGUUGAUUUCAUGGGACUUCGGGUUUACUUCCAGAAGUCCAAAGCAAUUGAUAUAAGCUUUUAAUAUUAUUCUACAACAAUGUUCAAAAGGUUCCAAAUAACUUUGGAUAGCCAUUUCUUAAUCUUUUAAUGAACACAUGGGCCUAGCAGAGUUCUCCUCAUCAAACCCUGUUGAAAUGAAUAGGAGCUGUGGAAGAUUACAUACUGCUCUCAUUCAUCUCAAUGGGAUUUGUGCAAGGACAUUUUCUGCUGGGUUAUGUUUAAAACAGCCUUCCUCAACCUUGUAUCCUCCAGAUCAGGGUUUCCCAGACUUGGGACUUCAGUUGUUUUUGGACUACAAUUUCCACCAUCCCUAACCACUGGUCCUGCUAGCUGGGGAUGAUGGAAAUUGUAGUCCAACAACAGCUAGAGACCCAAGUUUCUGAAACCCUGCUUCAGAUGUUGGAUUCCAACUCCUAUCUUCCCUGCUCAUUGGCCAAACUGAUCGGGGCUGAUGAGAGUUGUAUUUCCAAACACCUGGAGGGUACUAGGCUGAGGAAGGUUGCUCCAAAGAUGUUGUGGUGUUUAUGUAUUUAUUUUCCACAGCCAUCAAAUACUUCUAAAUAAUUGUUUUUGAUGGAACUGAGUAGUCAAUAUGUGUAGGUGCAAGAUGAGUUUUCAGAUUUUCCCAUUGUAAAUCUUUAUUCCUCCACCCCUAGACUGGGUCUGAACCAUCCCCUCAAGGGCACAUGGAAGGACGUCCUGGGAGCAAUGAGAGAGUUGAUGAGCCGGCUCGUCAUGUCUUCUCUUUCUCCUGGUUGAACUCAUUGAAUGAAUGAUGACUCUCCAUCCAGCUGGUUUCUGGAAGGAUUCAUAGGAAGCAUGUGACUUGGCUCAAAGUGAUAACAAAUACUGCAUUAAAAGGAAUGGUGGAUCACAUUUUAUCCCAAGGAUUUUGUUUGAAAAAUUUCUCAUUGGAUUUGACUCUGUAAUAUUUGUUUGCAAUUUGGGAAAGGGGUGGGAGGGAAGAAGGAAUGUAAGCUAAUAGCUGAUCAUGAACCAAUGGAGGAUCAAGUUCCUACCAGCUUUGGAGGUAAUGGCAGGUAUCAAGUGGUGACCUUAUUACUUGUCAAGGUCACCUCAUUGGCUAGGUACUGAGUUUAUGUGAUAAGGCUUUAUCUAAGAAAGGUGAUAUGUGAUAUAACAAGCUAUUGCAUGAUUAUUGCAAUUGAUCCUAAGUGUGCCGCAGCAAAAUUAAUGUCAAAAAAUUAUGCGAAGAAAAGAAAGCAGCACAAUACUGUUUUUACAAGUAAAGUGCUAAAGGCACACAAGACACAUCUGUAAAUUGGGGACUUCUAUACGCAGUUUUACAGGAGUGGUUUACCAAUAUUCUUGCAUAGCUGUUUCCUCACUAAAGGCAUUGUUAAUAAACUUCACAUUACA